UUACCAUACUAACCUGAUAGAUAGAAGAAGAAGAAGAGGAGGAAGAAGAGGCCAACUGACAAAGUGAAAGUGAAAACCGUGAAACCUCCAUCACAGCUCACACUUUGAUAGCAUAGAAGAGACAUCUGAUCUGUACACCCCCCAAAAACUCUAAACCUUCCUCACCACUCACCACACAAACACAUUACUCUUCAUUUGGUUGAGAGUGGUGCCCAGUUCUUAUCAUUACCCUUUCCCCUUUACAAAUUUCACACACCAAACCCAACCCAAACAGAACCAACACUCACAAUUCACAAUUCCCUAAUUCAUUUCCUUUCAUUAUGCCGGGUCUCGUCAAAACUCCACCGGACACCGCACCGCUCCGAAUCUCGAUGCCCGAAACCCCGACCCAGAGAUCCGAACCCGCAACCGUUAAAACCCCAUCGCCACUCCCAAAGAAGCCACCCUCUCCUUCCCCUUCCCGAUCGAAGAAGAAGACUCCAGAAACCCCUACUUCCCACCCGGUUCUCUCGGAGGCUUCCCUCGACAACCCGGAUCUCGGACCCUUCCUCCUCAAACUCGCCCGAGACACCAUCGCCUCCGGUGAGGGACCCGCCAAGGCCCUCGACUAUGCCAUCCGUGCCUCCAAGUCGUUCGAGCGCUGCGCCGUUGACGGUGAGCCCAGCUUGGACCUCGCCAUGAGCCUCCACGUGCUCGCCGCCAUCUACUGCAGCCUUGGGAGGUUCGAGGAGGCGGUGCCGGUUCUGGAACGCGCGAUCCAGGUGCCUGAUGUAGCCAGGGGUGCAGAUCACGCGCUUGCCGCUUUCUCUGGUUACAUGCAGUUGGGUGAUACCUUCUCCAUGCUUGGUCACGUUGACAGGUCCAUCUCUUGCUAUGACCAAGGCCUUCAGAUUCAGAUCGAAGCCUUGGGUGACACUGAUCCCAGAGUAGGAGAGACUUGCAGAUACUUGGCGGAGGCCAAUGUACAAGCUAUGCAGUUUGAUAAAGCAGAGGAGCUGUGCAAGAAAACUCUUGAGAUUCAUCGUGCACACAGUGAACCAGCUUCUCUUGAAGAGGCAGCUGAUAGAAGGCUUAUGGCCCUUAUAUGCGAGGCUAAGGGAGAUUAUGAAUCGGCUCUUGAGCAUCUUGUGCUUGCCAGCAUGGCCAUGAUUGCAAAUGGACAAGAUAAUGAAGUUGCUUCCAUUGAUGUCAGCAUUGGAAACAUUUACAUGUCCCUCUGUCGCUUUGAUGAGGCUAUCUUCUCUUACCAGAAGGCGCUUACUGUCUUUAAAUCGUCCAAGGGUGAAAACCACCCUUCGGUUGCAUCUGUCUUUGUACGCCUAGCUGAUUUGUAUCACAGGACUGGAAAGCUUCGAGAGUCCAAGUCCUAUUGUGAAAAUGCUCUGAGAAUAUAUUCAAAACCUGUGCCUGGAACCACUGCUGAAGAGAUUGCUGGUGGCUUGACGGAAGUUUCAGCUAUUUUUGAAUCCGUAGAUGAGCCCGAGGAGGCAUUGAAACUCUUACAAAAGGCAAUGAAAUUGUUGGAGGAUAAACCAGGACAGCAGAGCACAAUUGCAGGAAUAGAAGCACGAAUUGGAGUGAUGUAUUACAUGAUUGGGAGGUAUGAAGAAGCAAGGAACUCUUUUGAGAGUGCUGUAGCAAAACUAAGAGCUAGUGGGGAAAGGAAGUCUGCCUUCUUUGGAGUUGUUUUGAACCAGAUGGGAUUGGCAUGUGUACAGCUGUUCAAGAUAGAUGAGGCUGCUGAAUUAUUUGAAGAAGCCAGGGCAAUUCUUGAACAGGAGUGUGGCCCAUGUCAUCAAGAUACUCUUGGAGUGUACAGCAAUCUUGCAGCAACUUAUGAUGCUAUGGGAAGAGUGGGAGAUGCAAUUGAGAUCUUAGAAUAUGUCCUUAAGUUGAGGGAAGAAAAGCUUGGAAUAGCAAAUCCUGAUUUUGAAGAUGAGAAGCGUCGGUUGGCUGAGCUCCUGAAAGAAGCAGGCAAGACACGAGACAGAAAAGCGAAAUCCCUGGAAAACCUAAUUGAUCCCAGCUCAAAGAGGACAAAGAAGGAGGGGGCAAAGAGGUGGCCUGGUUUGGGGUUUAGAAUGUAACCAUAUUUUUACUCAUCUAUAUAUUGAAUGCACAUUCUGUAACAUAGGGUAUCUUGUAUAGGGGUGAGUAUGUAAUUUGGGUGCUUUCCUGUUUCUUGAUAUUUGUUCUCGCAUUUGUUUUUCUUGGUUAAUUGUUUUAUCAAUUGUGUUGUGACCUUAUAGUCUUACCACAAAAUCCCAUCUCUUUCCUCCUUUCCGGAAAUUGUUGAAAGCAAUUUUUUUUUUCGAGUGAAUAAAUAUU